GACGCUGACACCUUUGUGUAGCUGUGCUUAAACCUCAUCCCGAGCAAAAUAAAGCCCGCCAAGCCAAUGGGAGAGUCCGGCGACCCGCCAGCCGGGUUAGAUCCGGCAGAUGAGCCGGCGUGGAAGCUGCGCAAGUACCUCAUUCUGCUCGCCAUCCUGAUGGCGACGGUGACCUACGUGGCGGGUCUGGACCCGCCAGGUGGCGUCUGGCUGGAGACCAACGACGGCCACCGCACCGGCAACCCGAUCCUGCCGGACACCCGGCGCGUCCGGUACUCGCUGUUCUACUACUCCAACGCGACGGGGUUCGCGGCGUCGCUCGUGGUCAUCAUCAUCCUUCUGUUCACCAGGAAGUUCCCCAGUCUGCGCGCCGUGCGGGGAGUCAUGGUGCUCGGCGUGCUCUGCCUCAUGGUGGCCUACGUCGCCGGCAGCUCCAGGGGCCUCGUCACUACUAUCUACGCUUCGGUGCUCUCCGCUGUCGUCUUAGCCUUCGUCGUGCUGUUGGCAUUGAUGGCUAAACAGCACGAGGAGCAGUCGUCGGACGACAAAGACGACUACGACAAGGCGGACGGCCAGCUCCGGGUCAAAGAACGGCGCAAGAUCUUGAUGCUGCUCGCCAUCUUUGUGACGACGAUCACAUACACGGCAGCAUUGAACCCGCCGGGUGGCUUCUGGGAGCACGCCCAGGAGGGGCCUGCCAGUGCCAGCCACCGCGCCGGCGACCCCAUCCUGCUGGAGCGCCACUCAAAGCGCUUCGUGACGUUCUUGGUCGGCAAUACCACCGCCUUUUCCGCGUCGCUCGUCAUCAUCACGCUACUCCUGAGCAGAAGGCUGUGGAACAACCACAUUCAGCUGACCAUGCUGUACGGGGGCAUCGCGGUGGCGCUGCUCGGCCUCAUGGUGGCCUACGCUGCCGGGAGCUGCAGGGAGAGGGCCACAACCAUCUGCGUCGUCUGUCUGGUUGUUUUGGUCGUCGCGUACAUUUUUGUCGUUGCCGUUCUUCGCGCAAAAUGCAAGGCGCGGUCGUCCGCAACUGAAUCACCGGAAGGAUCGUCCGAUGCUCACCGGGUGGCAACGACGGACCUGGCGGCCCAAAACAGAAGGGACCCACUGGACAGAUCUCGUUCUCUGAUAUUGCUCCUUGCCACUCUGGCGGCCACCGUCACGUACCAAGCUGGUCUCAACCCACCCGGCGGAGUUUGGCGUGACAACGAGGAUGGGCACAACGGCGGCGACCUGAUCCUCCUCGCGGCGCACGCGAGGCGGUACAAGGUGUUCUUCUACUUCAACUCAGCUGCCUUUGUUGCGUCCAUCGUCCUCGUCAUCAUGGUGCAGAGCAGGUCCCUGGUCAACCGGCAUGCGCUCGAAGCCGCUGUCAUACUGGACCUGUUCGGCCUCAUGGGCGCGUAUGCCGCUGGGAGCUGCCGGGAUGUACGUACCUCCAUCUAUGUUUUCGCCUUGGCUGCCGUCGUCUUCGUUGUUGUGGUUAUCCACAUUGUGGUCCAAAGAAAUAGUAAUAGAAGGGGAGGAGAAGGAAAAGAAAAAAGAAGAAGAAAGAGAAAUAAAAAAGAAAAAGAAAAGAAGCGCAAGCUACUGCUGCUCCUUGCAAUCUUGGCUGUCACCAUCACCUACCAAGCGGGUCUUACCCCGCCGGGCAAGUUCUGGGUGGAACACGGCGACAAGGUGCACCACAUCGGUGACCCGGUCCUCGCCGAUAACUACCCGCGGCGGUACCAGGCCUUCUUCUACUGCAACGCGACGAGCUUCAUGGUGUCCGUCGCCGUCAUCGUGAUCCUAGUGGGCCAUCAACUGUACGACGCCAACAAAAGGUACUGGUGGCUGCUCUACUUCUGCAUGGCCGCUGGCUUGAUGGGCCUGUUGGGCGCGUACGCCGUCGGCACCACACGGAGGGUGCGGACGUCCAUCUACGUCUUCUGCUUGGUCGGCGCGGUUACGCUCUUUGCCAUCCUGCACAUUCGAGUCAUCCACAAAAAGUUCGAGAGGUGCAUGUCAAAGCUCGAGGAGGGCAUCUCGGAGCGGCGCCCCAACACAGGAAACGGCGUUGAUCCUAAGCACGACGCCCCGGGCGAAGAGUAUCGUGAACGGUACAGGAUGAGCAAGUACUUGUUGCUGCUCGGGAUCCUGGCCGCGAGCGUCACGUACCAGGCCGGCCUAGCCCCGCCCGGUGGCGUCUGGCCUGUCGACGGCGACGGGCACGCCGCGGGCGACCCAGCGCUCCACGAAGGCGAUAGGCUGCGGUACAACGCGUUCUUCUACAGCAACUCCGCGUGCUUCGUGGCGUCCGUCGUGGUCAUCGUGCUGCUGCUGCAGAGCACCCUGCUGAAGCGCAGCGGCAGCUGGCUGAUCCUGGCGAUGAAAUCGGCAGUCAUGCUGGACCUGCUCGGCCUAUUGAUGGCCUACAUCGCCGGCAGCAGCAGGGAGUGGGGCACGUCCGUGUACGUGCUCGUCUUGGCCACCUCCGUACUAGCCUUCGUCGCGAUCUACGUGGUUCUAUCAUCCCGCGACGCAAAAUCAGGGGGCGAGACGGCAGCGGAAGUGGCAGUGGGAUCUCUCGCCAACAGGAAGCAGGGGGAACAGACGAUUGGUAAACUUCACGCUGAGUCGCUCGUGUGACGUCGAUUUGGUGAGUCCUCCGGUGCUUGUGCAGAGAUGCACAUCGGUCGUUGCG